GAUUGGCAAUUUCAUUGAAAUUGACCAUUGAAAAUAAUCAAAAAUCUAAUGUCGAAACGUUAAGUUAACACGGAAGGGCACAUAUUUCUUAUCCCUGCAUCUUUAUUAGGGGAAUCACCGCAAUUUCGAAAGUGUACAAUUUAUACCAAAAUGGUUGGUAAGUCCUCCGUUUCGGCACUACAGGAAUAUUGUGCUAAAAACAAGGUACAACCACCAACCUACGAGUACGUUGAUGAGGAAGACGGUAGUUUUACCUGCCAGAUUUCCUUUAUGGACACCGUCGCGGAGGGUAGAGGUCGGUCUAAGCGAGAUGCAAAACACCAGGCCGCCGCUUCAGUCAUAAAACGUUUGCGGCUCAGCAACAUGCCACAACUCGUCGAAGAUUUCGAUGCUGACAUACCAACUACUGACGUCAUAGUCCAGUUGCGGGAUUAUUGCGUACAACACCAAAUGCCGCUACCCACAAUCGAAAUUGUACAACAGGCCGGCACACCAGAUGCGCCAGAAUUCACAGCGUUAUGCACAGUUGCUUCAAUACGUCGUUAUGGAGUUUCAGAAAAGAAAAAGGAUGCACGACAGAAAGCCGCUUAUGAAAUGCUACGUAUAAUUGUUGAUGAUGUGUCUAGAUUGGAGCAUCAAAUGCAAGUAGCUACGUUACAAGAUGCACAAGAAGAUAUUGAAGCAGAGCGUUAUAAAAAAUUUAAAAGUUAUCGUGAAAUGACUGAAUCCAGUACCGGUGAAAUACCAGGGGUCUUACUCUGUGAUCGACACAAUUAUUUCAAGAAUUUUUAUACCGAAUUAAAAAACGCAGCGUAUAAAAUACUUUCUAGUACUACAUACGAGAACGAGGAGGACCAGGUAAUGGAUUUACUGGAUGCGCUAAAAAUCAAACCAAAAAUGUCGGAAAUGCACUCAUCGGAAGGAAAAGCCAUGUUGUUUGUCGAGAUGAACUGCGACUUUGAUGUUGUAUUCGCUGGAUCGCCGAGCAAAGUGUACAGAGAUAUUAUUGAUUAUUUCAAAGUGAUGCUAUGAAAAAUAUUUUACGAGAAUAAGAGGAGUAACUAUUAUCACAAUAUAUGAAUUAAAAAAAAACAA